AUGCGGGCAAUUCAGAGUAGGCAUAAAUCUUAUGCAGAUAAAAGGAGACCGCUAGAGUUCGAGACAGGAGAUCACGUGUUUCUAUGGGUGACACCGAUAACUGAAGUUGGGAGAGCUAUUAAGUUAAAGAAGUUGUCACCAAAAUUUCUCGGACUGUAUGAGAUUCUUAGGAGGAUAGGACCGGUAGCUUAUGAGUUGAGGAAAUAUGUUCCAAAUGCGACUCAUGUGCUAGAGGUAGAUGAUAUCCAAGUUAGAGAGGAACUAACUUUGGAUAUUAGACCAUUGCAAGUAUUAGAUGAGCAAACUAAAAACCUAAGAGGAAAGAAUAUUCGCAUGAUAAAGGUGCUUUGGAAUGAAGGGACUCAGGAAAUGACUUGGGAAUUAGAAAGUACAUGA